AUUUGCACUCAUACACCAGAAGAAAAUAGGCCGCCGCCCAUAAGACGCGUCAGAGCCGUGACGUUUGUUUUCUGGAAAUCAGUGAAAUGUGGAUUUCCUCCAGUUAGGAGUGCGGUGUGCACUAUGAGCGGCGCGGCGCUGGGAAUAGAGAUAGUGGUUGUCUUUUUCCUGGCUCUCUUCCUCCUGCAUCGCUAUGGCGACUUCAAGAAGCAGCAGCGCAUGGUUCUCUUUGGCACACUGCUGGCUUGGUAUUUAUGCUUUCUCAUCGUCUUCAUUCUUCCUCUGGAUGUCAGCACGACAAUCUACAAGCAGUGUUUAAUUGAUCAUGAAGCACAUGCCCAGACGCCCUCAGUGAGCCCUGUCCUUUCAAACCAGACCACUCCAAAUACCUCCAUCUCACCCAGUAAAAACACCCAACAUGUGUGCUAUAAACCAUGGAGCUACAUUCCAGAUGGCAUCAUGCCUGUGUUCUGGAGGGUUGUUUAUUGGACCUCACAGUGUCUUACAUGGCUCCUUCUGCCAUUCAUGCAGUCGUAUGCUCGUUCUGGAGGAUUCUCCAUUACUGGAAAGAUCAAGACGGCCCUCAUUGAGAAUGCAAUCUAUUAUGGCACAUACCUUCUCAUCUUCGGCUCUCUUCUCAUCUACGUGGCUGUGCAUCCUCAGUGGCACCUCUCCUGGUAUGAGCUGCAAACCAUCGGCAUCACUGCGGCCAACACUUGGGGUCUGUUUCUUCUAGUGUUGCUGUUGGGCUACGGCCUGGUCGAGAUCCCUCGCUCGUACUGGGAGGCCUCGCGCCAGGGACACCUCCUCAUCAAGACUUACUUCAAAGCGGCCAAGCUCAUGACAGAGAAGGCAGAUUCAGAGGAGAACCUAGAAGAUGUCAUGGAGGAAGUGAGAAAAAUCAACGAAUCAAUCAAAUAUAAUCAUCCAUUGAGGAAGAACGUGGACACCAUUCUCCGAAAGUGUCCAGUUGAAUAUCAGGAGAAAAUGGGCAGGAACAUUGACGACUAUGAGGAUUUUGAUGAUAAACAUAACACAUAUCCCACUGAAAGAAGCCUUUCGAAACUACACAAGCAGGUGAUCUACGCAGUCCAGCGGCACAAUCGUACACGCGUUCAGUGGCAGAUAUUGCUGGAACAGGCUUUCCACCUUGAAGACGUUGCCAAGAAUGAAACCAGCACCUCUCGACAGUUUGUUCACAGCUUUGCCCCUCCAGAACCUGUAGGCUGGUUCAGACGCUACAUUUAUACUCCCUCAGUAGAGUGGUACUGGGAGUGUUUGCUAAAGCAGUGGUUUUACCGUAUACUGUCUGUGGUUCUGGCGCUCUUUUCGGUGGCUGUGGUUUGGUCCGAGUGCACUUUCUUCAGUACUCGUCCCGUUCUGUCACUCUUUGCUGUGUUUAUCCAGCUUGCUGAGAGAGAUUACAACUACCUGUACAUUGAGAUGGCGUGCUUCAUUACCAUCUUUUUCCUCUGCACCUGCGUCUACUCAACUGUGUUUCGCAUCCGAGUCUUCAACUACUACUACCUGGCCUCACAUCACCAAACCGACGCUUACAGCCUGCAGUUCAGUGGCAUGCUUUUUUGCCGCUUGACUCCCCCACUUUGUCUAAACUUCCUGGGACUGAUUCACAUGGAUUCUGCCAUAUCCCACCAAGCAAAGGAGCAGACGGCAUACACCUCUAUCAUGGGUUCUAUGCGCGUCCUAUCCUUCAUUGCCAACGGCUUCUACAUCUAUUACCCCAUGCUGAUCGUCAUUCUCUGCAUUGCUACAUACUUCAGGUUAGGAUUUUAAAUCAUUUCUUAUCUGUCUUUCCACAAGUUCACUGAACACAACGAAAUUACAUCAGACCACAUAAAACAAAACAAACACCUACAAAAAAGAGAAAGAAGAAAACGCCAAAGAAUAGAAGAUGGGGAGAGCAGGCGAAGAGAAUGGAGAGAGCGUUAUGCACAACGAGAUGAGAUUGCUGCCAGAAACCGGACUUCCAUGUCUGAGAUGAAGGAAACCAACUACGGCGAAACCCUAAAUUCAAACACAAACCGGCAGGCCAAGUACACCCGUAGUAGCAGCCAGACAGGACGAGACAGCAUUGAGUUGUUGCAGGACGCGGAGCCUUUGGACUUUAUUGAUGAAACACUCAACGAUGACCCUUUGCAAUCUGAACCUGGCAGACAUACCGGUGGAAGGUACCUCUCAAUGUCUUCUUCUCGAAGCCGAAUCUUUGAUGAUGUUUGAUGUUUCUCACUUUGGACAAAAACACUGUCAUGAGAAAAUAAGCCGAAUUUUACCUC